GUGGACAUUGGUUUGUCAGUCGAUUUGUAGUCGUCAGCAGAUUGAAUGCGCUUGGAAGACGGAAUGUGGACAACAGUCUAAUAACAAGUCAGUGUUAUUGCAUACGUUGUCUUCAUUUGCUUGAAAUAGUACUGCUCAGUUACUGAAAAUGGAGAACAACACCACAAUUUACGAAUGGAUUACGGAAAACGGCAGUGAUAAUUAUUACGCAGAUUUUCCUGCCUUUGAACAGCCUUCAAAAUGGGGAUUCUGGAUCAAAUUCGUGCUGACGCCGAUAAUUGUCUUCGCGGGAAUAGUCGGAAACGUGCUGUCUUUGAUUGUGAUGAAGUCUAAAGCUCUUCGCCACAAAUCGUAUUCGCAGUACCUCAGCGCCUUGGCCAUAUUUGACACGUUGACGCUUCUCAUCCGGCAAAUACGAAUUAUUGACGAAUAUUCAUCUGACACGUGGGAAUCAAACACAAUAUUCAGAAAGUUUGAUGACUUUGGAUGUAAGGCGUUUAAUUUUAUAGAACAUAUCGCUUACUUGAUGUCAUCGUGGUUAAUUGUUAUGAUGGCUUUAGAAAGGUUGUUAGCUGUUUGGUUCCCGUUUAAAAAGUUUAUUUUACGACGAAGGUCCGGGGCGACUUGGGCCAUAGUUUUGCUUUUCCUUGGAUUGUCCUUGAGUCAGGUCUUUCGGCUUGUUAUGGUGAAGAAAAUAGAUACAGUCACUUGCGGGGCCAUUGAUAGCUUCUGGGAGCUGUAUGUGAACCUUCACAUGUACUUUUACAACAUGUCAUUAACUUUUAUUCUGCCUGUGGGGUUUGUGCUCGUAUGCAACGGCAUGGUUCUGUACCAGAUAUUUAAAGUUAGACGUGAAAUUCUACAGCAGGACAAGGACAAGCGCAGUCGAUUUAAUAGACCAAUUAGGAAAUCUCACCGCACCACCAGUAUGCUUUUGAUUGUAUCGUUUACAUUCCUUGGAACUUUGUUACCAUUGUUGACAAUGUCUCUUGUAUUUGAUUUGGUAUUGAAAUCGCGUGGCAGAAAGGACGCAUUCAGUUUGUACCUCGCGAUUACACCGUAUAUGGAGGUUGCAGCUGUGUUGUCCUUGGUCAAUUAUGCUGCGAAUUUCUAUAUUUAUAUCCUAUCCGGCAAGAACUUUCGGUUUGAACUCCGAAAGGUUUUCAAUCGUCAGAGGACAACAAGUCGUAGCUUCACUUACAAGAGUUCAAAAGAAACCAGAGAAGAGGUUAUCCGCUUAUGGUGACGAAAGUUUUUGCUUUUUUUGCGUGGGUGAUAACACCACGAAUCUAUUAAUUCUGCAAAUGUUUCUUGUAUAUUGUUUAAAUUUUCUUCACUAUUUUUUUAUUUAAAGUGCAUUUAUUAAUAGAAUAUGAAUAAACUUCUGCAGGUCUGAACAUAUAUUUGGAUAAGAAGAAUAGUUUGUCAUUAUCGUUUGUUUUAUUGUUCCGUUGGCUUUAUAUUGAUACAUGUAAACAUCACCUUCUAUUGCGUAAUGUACCACAUGCAAAAUGAUAAGUUCGUGUGGAGCCAUAUUAAACGAUACAUACAAAUGACGUGUAUUGUAUACUUUUAAACCUAAUUCUUUCAAAUCCAUCGUAAAUAGACCAUUUUACACCGAUGAUGUGCAAGGAAUAUGAAACGUCUUCAAAGUGAAUGCUUAUUUAAAUAAUUGGAUAAAGACAUUGGUAUGUUACACUGAGAACAGAUAUAAACUAUACAAAACAUGUUCUUGAAGUUUUUUUCCAAUUAUUAGUGGCAAGAAAAAGUUUAUGUGAUAUUUAGGUUAAAGCAAGGCUAUACGAUUUUGUCAAAUAUUUAUGAAUUUAUAUAAAAUGUGUAAAACACUUAUUAUACAUAUAUUUCAAUAUAAAUAAAUAUAAAAGUUAAGAAGAACAUGAGUCGCAAAAUGCGAAAUAAGCCAGAUAUUUAAUUCUGAAAUAGAAAAUGUCUGUACAGUCGAAUUCACCAGCAUGUAUACCAUGCAUGUACGAUGUGAAUCUAAAUUUAGUUUUACGGAUCAUUUUAAUUUCAUACAAUGAUAUCUAUUCAUACGACACACGAACCUAACUCCGAUUCUAAUAAAAGACGAAUGCUUCGGUUAAUUUAGGAAAAAUUGUACUUAAUAUCUUCGUCCCAAUCGACUCGGGGCGCUAAUUUGUCUUUGCUUCAUUUUAUGAAAUUCGUCUUCUAUGUAUAAUUUUUCCUGCCUAUUUUGUGUAAUUGUAACAUAGUUUUAUCAUUAUAUUACAAUUUAACACAUAUAAAAAUCGUAUAGUCUCGCUUUAAUAAAUUGUUGAAAGUUACAUAUAUUCAUGAUUUUUCUUGUCAAUAGCAUGCUUUGCGCAUGUUCACAAACUCACGUGAAACAUCAAUGUAUGGAAUCUGAAUGUGCACAAGUUCGGAUUGAGUAACUCAUCACAAAUGAAUCAAAGGAAAUUUAACACAAAUGCUGAAUGAUUUUCAUCUUAUUGUAUCAUAUUAAAACAUACUAUUUUUGUAAUUUUAUACUUGACUUAUUUCUGACAGCUUAAAGAAACAAAAAUAUAUUGUGUUGUAUGUAUAUAUCUGCGGUAAAAAAAAACAUUAUAAUAGUUAUUAUUAUGAUACACCUGUCCAGUGUGAUUAUUGGAGUGAAUACCAUAUACAAUCAUUAUGCUUAACCAAAUAAUUAUUGUUCGAGGACAAUCUCUAUAUGCUUAAUUCGAACACUCUUAAAAUAUAACACAUACGUGUUAAGAUUUUAGUUUGUAGUAAAUGAAUUUUUGUUUUGUUUUAAUGGUAAUGUAACUAGAUGUUGUGAACAAUAUUAUUAGUUAUUGCUUCACCGCUACUUGAAAAGAAAAGAAAAGCGGGAUAAACUUUGAAUUAAAUUGCGUCGAAUUGAUGCAACGACUCAAUUUGCUUGUAACAAAGUCCAUCCGUGCACAUUUUGGCUUAUGACUUGCAUAUUUGAUAAUUAAGUCAUCGUUUUUUAAGUCAUCAUUUUUAUUGUUACAGUCAAUGUUAGCG